CAAUCUCAGCCUGAGCAACGAGCUGACAUCGUCGAGCCCCACCAGCAGCAGUGUCAGCAGCUUCAACGAGUCCCUCAGCUGGCUGACCCUGGACAUGGGCGAUGUACAGAACAGCACGCUGUCCAGCCUCAGCAAUGCCAACAGCAGCAGCAGCAGCAGCGCCGGUAGCGGCAGCAGUAGAGGCAGCCAUCUCGAUGGCAAUGCCGAGGAUGAGGGGGGCGGACUCUAUGCGCUGCGUAAUUUUGUGGAGCAGCAGCUGAAUGGGGAGUCGGCGCAGGAUGCGCAGGAUAUCGCGCUCAUUGACAGCGCCGAGGAGAGCGCGCUCGAGAAUGUCGCCGACGGCGAGGCGGACUACGGCGUGCUGAGCGGCUUCAGUGGCGGCAGCCUGGACGCGGAAGUGGAUGCCACCAGCGAGCUCCUGCAGCGCACAGCGACUACGCUAACAAAUCGGACGACAGUCGCCUCCGGCUACGAUGCGAACGCCGUCUGGCUGAGUGGCGCUGGCGCCCAGGCAGCCGGUGCUGCGGGUGGCGUUGCCGGAGAUCGCAAUGGCGGUGUUGGUGACGGUGUCGGUGUCGGUGUCGGUAGCGACGGUGGUGCUGGCGCCAGCACCGGUGGCAGCUCCUUCAUGCUGCUGCUGGAGAACUUUAACGAUUACUUUCCCAACUACAAUGGCAGCACGGUUUCGGGCACAACGGUCGUCGGCACGACCAGUACGGCCAGUACGGGUCUCCUCGACCAGAACCUGACCAGCCUGUACUUUGAGAACUAUCGCACCAAUUGCACGAAUGCAACGCUGAAUCUGACAUCCGAAUCGUGCCAUGAACUGCGAAUCGUGGACCACAAUUAUUGGGCGCUCAUCCUGAUCCUGUUUCCGAUCCUCACGCUCUUCGGCAACAUUCUCGUCAUCCUCUCCGUCUGUCGGGAGCGAUCGCUGCAGACGGUUACGAAUUAUUUUAUAGUGUCAUUGGCCAUUGCCGAUCUGCUGGUCGCCGUAGUCGUAAUGCCGUUCGCCGUCUACUUUCUGGUGAAUGGUGCAUGGGCUUUGCCUAAUGUUGUUUGUGAUUUCUAUAUAGCCAUGGAUGUGAUAUGCUCAACUUCAUCGAUAUUUAAUUUAGUCGCCAUCUCAAUAGACAGAUACAUCGCUGUGACGCAGCCAAUAAAAUAUGCAAAGCACAAAAAUAGUCGCCGCGUUUGCCUUACGAUACUAUUGGUGUGGGCGAUAUCGGCUGCCAUCGGGUCGCCGAUAGUGCUGGGCCUGAACAACACGCCCAACCGGGAGCCGGAUGUGUGCGCCUUCUACAACGCUGACUUCAUACUCUACUCGUCGUUGAGCAGCUUCUACAUACCGUGCAUCAUCAUGGUCUUCCUCUACUGGAACAUAUUCAAGGCGCUGCGCAGCCGUGCUCGAAAGCAAAGGGCUGCCCGCAAGCCGCAUCUCUCGGAGCUGACGGGCGGCAGCGUCAUCGAGAAUAUUGCCCAGACCCGGCGACUGGCCGAGACGGCGUUGGACAGCAGCCGGCAUGCCAGCCGCAUUUUGCCCGAUGAGCCGGCCACGAACACGGCCAGCGGCUCCAACGAGGAGGAGGACGAGAAUGCCAUUUCGCCCGAUAUCGAUGACUGCCACGUCAUCGUCAACGAUAAGUCCACUGAAUUUAUGCUGGCCACAGUCGUCGAGGAGACCGGCAACAGCGUUGUGGCACAGAUCACCACACAGCCGCAGCUGGUCGUUGCCGAUCCGAAUGGUAAUCAUGAUUCUGGUUAUGCAGCAUCAAACGUUGACGAUGUCCUUGCAGGAGUGAGCGUGGGCGCCGCCAUCAGCAGCACUACGCCGCCGGACAGUCCGGUGCCCAGCGGCGCCACCCUCCACCGCUCCAGUGUCAGCAGCCGGCGCAACACCGCCGAGGACUCGCCCAAGCGCGGCGAGCCGCCGCUCAGCAGCGUCGCCAUGAAGCCAUUGUCCUUUGUGCGCUACGGUGUGCAGGAGGCCAUGACUUUGGCACGCAACGACUCCACGCUAUCGACCACAUCGAAAACGUCCUCGCGCAAGGAUAAGAAAAACUCGCAGGCGUCAAGAUUCACGAUAUACAAGGUGCACAAGGCCUCCAAAAAGAAACGUGAAAAAUCGUCGGCCAAGAAGGAGCGCAAGGCCACCAAAACCCUGGCCAUCGUUUUGGGCGUCUUCCUCUUCUGCUGGCUGCCAUUCUUCACGUGCAACAUCAUGGAUGCGAUGUGCGCCAAAUUCAACGAAGACUGCAGGCCCGGUUUGACGGCCUUUAUGCUAACCACUUGGCUGGGCUACAUCAAUAGCUUUGUCAAUCCCGUUAUUUAUACGAUCUUCAAUCCGGAAUUCCGCAAGGCAUUCAAGAAGAUCAUGCAUAUGGGGUGAUUACAAUCAGCAGCAAUAACACCGACACGGACAACCGGUAAACAUCAACAAUGUUUA